CCAUCCCGCCCCCGCCGCCAUUUUCCAUGUUGUUCUGUUUUGGUGAAUUCGUUUCAUUUUAGUUGAAUACAAACGUUUAUCUUGUAACAUUUGAUUAGUAAGAUUACCGGAAUCUUGGGUUUGGUGGAGAGGAGUUUAAUCUCCAGCGUUUUUCCAAGGAGACGCCGUGUUUAGGCAGCCAUGUAUAUCAAACAGGUCAUCAUUCAGGGGUUCCGAAGUUACCGGGACCAAACUGUUGUUGAUCCAUUCAGCCCAAAGCACAACGUCAUCGUUGGAAGAAAUGGGUCUGGAAAAAGUAACUUUUUCUAUGCCAUCCAGUUCGUCCUCAGUGAUGAAUUCAGUCAUCUGCGGCCUGAACAGCGUCUGGCCCUUCUGCAUGAAGGAACUGGUCCACGCGUCAUAUCAGCUUUUGUGGAAAUUAUUUUUGACAACUCUGAUAACCGGCUGCCGAUUGACAAAGAGGAAGUCUCUCUUCGUCGUGUCAUUGGUGCAAAGAAGGACCAAUAUUUCUUGGACAAGAAGAUGGUGACUAAGAACGACGUCAUGAACCUUCUGGAAAGCGCCGGUUUCUCUCGCAGUAACCCAUACUACAUCGUCAAACAGGGAAAGAUUAAUCAGAUGGCCACAGCACCUGACUCCCAGCGGCUGAAGCUCCUGAGAGAAGUGGCGGGAACACGGGUGUAUGAUGAACGAAAGGAGGAGAGCAUUUCUCUCAUGAAGGAAACAGAGGGCAAGCGAGAAAAGAUCAAUGAGUUGUUGAAGUACAUCGAGGAGCGUCUUCACACUCUGGAAGAUGAGAAGGAAGAGCUGGCCCAGUACCAGAAGUGGGACAAGAUGAGGAGAGCUCUGGAGUACACCAUUUACAACCAGGAGCUGAAUGAAACCCGCGCCAAACUGGACGAGUUGUCCAGCAAGAGAGAGACCUGUGGAGACAAAUCCAGACAACUGCGGGAUGCCCAGCAAGAUGCUAGAGACAAAGUGGAGGAAACGGAGCGUGUUGUGCGGGAGCUGAAGUCCAAGAUCUCUGCCAUGAAGGAGGAGCGAGAGCAACUGUCGGCAGAGCGCCAGGAGCAGAUCAAGCAGAGGACCAAGCUGGAGCUGAAGGCCAAGGACCUGCAGGACGAGCUGGCAGGCAACAGCGAACAGAGGAAACGCCUGCUGAAGGAGCGUCAGAAGCUUCUGGAAAAAAUCGAAGAGAAGCAAAAGGAGCUGCAGGAGACUGAACCUAAAUUCAACAUGGUGAAGGAGAAAGAGGAGCGGGGCAUUUCCAGACUCGCCCAGGCCACGCAGGAGAGGACCGACCUGUAUGCCAAGCAGGGCCGUGGCAGUCAGUUCACCUCCAAGGAGGAGAGAGACAAGUGGAUCAAGAAAGAGCUGAAGUCUCUGGACCAGGCCAUCAACGAUAAAAAGAGGCAGAUCGCAGCCAUCCACAAAGACCUGGAGGACACAGAGGCUAACAAAGAGAAGAACCUGGAGCAGUACAAUAAACUUGACCAAGAUUUAAAUGAGGUUAAAACUCGUGUUGAAGAGCUGGACAAGAAGUAUUACGAGGUGAAAAACAAGAAAGAUGAACUCCAGAGUGAAAGAAACUACCUGUGGCGUGAAGAGAAUGCGGAGCAGCAGGCCCUGGCAGCCAAACGGGAGGAUCUGGAGAAGAAGCAGCAGCUCCUCCGAGCCGCCACUGGCAAGGCCAUUCUGAACGGCAUUGACAGCAUCAAUAAAGUCCUGGAACACUUUCGGAGGAAGGGCAUCAACCAGCAUGUCAUCAAUGGUUACCAUGGCAUUGUCAUGAAUAACUUUGAGUGUGAGCCUGCUUUCUACACUUGUGUGGAGGUGACUGCUGGAACAAGGUUGUUUUACCACAUCGUAGAAACAGAUGAAGUCAGCACCAAAAUACUGAUGGAGUUCAACAAAAUGAACUUGCCUGGAGAAGUCACGUUCCUUCCACUGAGCAAGCUGGAUGUCAGGGACACGGCCUACCCAGAAACCAAUGAUGCCAUCCCCAUGAUCAGCAAGCUGCGCUACAGCCCCAACUUUGACAAGGCCUUCAAGCAUGUGUUUGGAAAGACCCUAAUUUGUCGCAGCAUGGAAGUUUCCACCCAGCUAGCCCGAGCUUUCACCAUGGACUGUAUCACUCUGGAGGGUGAUCAGGUCAGCCACCGUGGCGCUCUGACUGGAGGCUACUACGAUACGAGAAAGUCUCGCCUAGAGCUCCAGAAAGACAUGAGGAAGGCUGAGGAGGAGCUGACUGAGCUGGAAGCCAAGCUGAAUGAAAACCUGCGCAGGAACAUCGAACGCAUCAACAACGAGAUUGACCAGCUGAUGAAUCAGAUGCAGCAGAUCGAGACCCAGCAGAGGAAGUUUAAGGCAUCCAGAGACAGUAUUCUGUCUGAAAUGAAGAUGCUGAAGGAGAAGAGGCAGCAGUCAGAGAAGACAUUUAUGCCCAAGCAACGCAGUCUCCAAAGUCUGGAGGCCAGCCUUCAUGCCAUGGAGUCCACCAGGGAGUCCUUGAAGGCUGAACUGGGUACAGAUCUCCUCUCUCAGCUCAGUCUUGAGGACCAGAGGCGUGUAGACGACCUGAACGAUGAGAUUCGACAGUUACAACAGGACAACAGACAACUUCUGAAUGAGAGAAUCAAGUUGGAGGGGAUCAUGACCCGGGUGGAGACCUAUCUGAAUGAGAACUUACGGAAGAGACUGGAUCAAGUGGAGCAGGAGCUGAAUGAGCUGCGGGAGACGGAGGGAGGAACGGUGCUCACGGCCACCACGUCUGAGCUGGACGGCAUCAACAAACGCGUCAAAGAAACUCUGUCGCGGUCAGAAGAUCUGGACUCUCUGAUUGACAAGACGGAAGGAGAGAUCAAGGAUCACAUCAAGAGCAUGGAGCGCUGGAAGAACAUUGAGAAGGAGCAGAACGACGCCAUCAACCAUGACACCAAGGAGCUGGAGAAGAUGACCAACCGGCAGGGCAUGCUGCUGAAGAAGAAGGAGGAGUGCAUGAAGAAGAUCAGAGAGCUGGGCUCGCUGCCUCAGGAGGCCUUUGAGAAGUACCAGACCCUCACUCUCAAACAGCUCUUCCGAAAACUGGAGCAGUGCAACACGGAGCUGAAGAAGUACAGCCACGUCAACAAGAAAGCUCUGGAUCAGUUCGUCAACUUCUCCGAACAGAAAGAGAAGCUCAUCAAGCGGCAGGAUGAGCUCGACCGUGGCUACAAGUCCAUCAUGGAGCUCAUGAACGUCCUGGAGCUGCGCAAGUAUGAGGCCAUCCAGCUCACCUUCAAACAGGUGUCCAAGAACUUCAGUGAGGUUUUCCAGAAGCUGGUUCCUGGUGGGAAGGCCACACUGGUGAUGAAGAAGGGCGAUGCUGAAGGCAGCCAGUCCCAGGAUGAAGAGGGAGGCGCAGACAGCGAGAGGGGCUCCGGCUCACAGAGCAGCGUCCCCUCUGUGGACCAGUUCACCGGAGUCGGCAUUCGAGUGUCAUUCACGGGGAAGCAGGGCGAGAUGAGGGAGAUGCAGCAGCUGUCGGGGGGACAGAAGUCUCUGGUGGCUUUGGCCCUCAUCUUUGCCAUCCAGAAGUGUGACCCCGCCCCUUUCUACCUGUUUGAUGAAAUCGACCAGGCACUGGACGCUCAGCACAGAAAAGCCGUCUCAGACAUGAUCGUGGAGCUGGCAGGUCACGCUCAGUUCAUCACCACCACCUUCAGGCCCGAGCUGCUGGAGUCCGCCGACAAGUUCUACGGAGUCAAGUUCAGGAACAAGGUGAGUCACAUCGACGUGAUCACGGCGGAGCAGGCCAAAGACUUCGUGGAAGACGACACCACCCACGGCUAAAGCUCCGUCUUCCAGCGCGUCUCCGCCCGCUGCUGCCUUCAAGGACCAACGGCAGCAACGGGACACACUUCCCACCCGUCACCUGACUUCCUGUUCAGAACCAGUGGUUUAGUCCCGACGGCUUCUUCUGGGUUUCACGUGUUCAUUCUGGUGCAGCAGCUGGAGCUGCUGCUCCAAAGCUCUGCCGCAGGUCUUUGCUGUCAGCAGCUGAUGGCUCAGAACCGAACCCUUCAGACCGGUUCGGUUCUGAAGGGGGCCUCCAGAGGCUUCACUGAAGACCGGACGCCGUCCGUUUGGACGCCGUCGCACUGCAGACGCGCUCUGCCUUUGUGGUUGCUGUUGCAGUAGAGUGUUACUUUAUUUUGAAGGCCUCUGUUUAGUUUUCAGCCGUCACUCCUCUGAGGUCAGGAGGUCAUUUCUGUUCCGAAAAGUGUUUGGGAUCAAAACCAUUUUUUGUUCUUCUAUUCCAAAUGUUUUUAUGUAUUUAGAAAAAAAGAAUAAAAGCUUUGAAAUAAA